UUCUCCGACCGAGAGCCUCUUCUUCUCUCCAGCCAAAAAUUAAAAGGAAAAAUGGGUCAAUUUGUAGAAGAGAAGGCUCUUGGUGAUGAAUGCUCAGGGAGCCUCAAUGAUCAGCUUUCAGUCUUCUUUGGAGAGUACUUCCAUGAGUCAGACCAUUGUAGUGAAGAUGAUGGUAGCUUCGACGUUGAGGACAUGCUACAUUGCCUCGAGCGAGCUGAAUUCUGGCGGGACCAAGAGUGCAUGCUACGGGACAUUCUUGCUCAAAGUAGCACGGUGGGAACAAAGCUACUUCGGGACUUGACUCGAUCUGCGAACAUGGCGCGAGAGGAGUCAGAUGGAUGCAGCAGCUGUGCACGUCGUGCUGCCGUCGACCGCCUUCGUGCCAUGGGAUAUGAUGCAGCAGUGUGUGUAUCUAAAUGGAAGCCAACACAAAGUAUGCCAGGAGGCUUCCAUGAAUACAUAGAUGUUUUAGUCAGUCCAACACAGGAAGGAAAUGAAUCGCGCUUGUUGGUUGAACUAGAUUUCCAAUCAGAGUUCCAGAUGGCAAAAGCUUGUCAGAACUACCAUGAUCUGAUAAACCUCCUGCCUGAAACAUUUGUUGGAAAGCCCAAGCACCUCAACAGAAUUGUGCACAUCUUAUGUGAUGCAGGCAAAAGAUCACUGAAGGAGAAGGGCAUCCACAUUGGCCCAUGGAGGAAAAGGAAGUUUGUGCAGAAGAAAUGGUCUUCUCCUCAUAAGAGGCUGUCUUUCAAAGAUGACCUCUACUUUGCUACUACUAGCAGUAGUAGGUUGUGUACCACGUAGAUGCUUCCAAGGUGAACCAUCUGGGAAGGGGGCUCUUCAGAGGCAUUUAUUGUAACUAUAGAUGAUUAGUAAAUAUAAUUGUGUACUAGAAAAUUUUGCAUCUUGUUUAUUUUCCCAACCAUUUUUCAAUCAGGCAAGGGUGAUGCAAUACGGAGAGUAAGAUUAAAUUAUCCUUUUCCUUCAUAGGAAAGACAAAGAAUAGUUUACAUUUUCCUAGUGACAUGUUGGAUCUGCUGCAUACCAUUUGGCCUCAGGUUUAACUCUUCUUGGAGGAUAUUGAGUCCAGUUUUCUGUUAACAAAGUUUGCAUCAAGAUUCAUUA